CAUGUAUCUGCCAGGGAUGUAAAGGCCACCUCUUGUGUAAUUUGCAGAGUCGCGGAAUAGGAUCCUCUGCCUCUCUUUGCAGGAUGUACGCAACCAUGCAGGAUUUUGUGCUCAGUCUGUGCUGCUAUCUCCUGCCUGGCGUGCUCGUGAGGAAGUUCGCCUUCCUGCCCGUCACCUGGAAGGAUGCUAACAGUUCUCUGUGAUCUGGUGGGGGACAUGGAGAGGGCUGCUCGGAGCAGCAUUUUGUUUUUGCCGUCAUCAUAAAUGAGUGCUGAUGGGGUGGAGGAGGUUGCACUGCUUAAGGAAAUGCAGGCAUUUUGUGAAUUAGCAAAAGACUUCCAGCUUUAAGAGUAGAUGAAAGUAAAGUGAGCUUGGGAAGAGGUGGCCGUGAAUGCUGGAUUCAUUCUGCAACAUUCCUCGUCUGGAGGAAGCAUGGGAUUGUGGCCACCUUGGAGCCCCAGCAAUACAAGUUCCAUUCAGCUGCUUCUGAAAGGAGGCUGUGAGAGCGAAGCAAGGGGACUGCUGUGGAUUACGAUGUUUGCGAAGAUCCGUGGUUUAAAAAUAAGGCAUCAUUUAACCUUUUAAAUGAAACAGCUUAAGGUCUCAUGCAUCUGCUGCAUUUUCUGGAAGCCAUUCUCUCAAACAGAAGUGUACAUUUGAAACACAGAUAAGAUGUUCCAUUCUGCAGGGAUUUAAGUUUUUUGUUUUUACAUCAUGACCAGCUUGAAACGGUCCCAGACAGAACGGCCUGUCACCGCCGACAGAGCCUCUGUUGUCAGCACAGACGGCACCCCCAAAGUCCACACUGAUGACUUCUAUAUGCGUCGCUUCCGGUCCCAAAAUGGCAGCUUAGGAUCAUCAGUCAUGGCUCCAGUAGGGCCCCCUCGAAGUGAAGUCUCUCACCAUAUCACCUCAACCCCUGGAGUCCCAAAGAUGGGGGUUAGGGCAAGAAUUGCAGAUUGGCCUCCAAGAAAGGAAAAUGUAAAAGAAUCUAGCCGUUCCAGCCAGGAAAUAGAAACCUCAAGUUGCCUUGAGAGCAUGUCCUCCAAAAGCAGUCCUGUGAGUCAGGGAAGUUCUGUUAGCCUCAAUUCCAAUGACUCAGCCAUGCUGAAGAGCAUACAGAACACGCUGAAGAGCAAGACCCGACCGGCGGAGAGCAUGGACUCCCGGUUCCUCAUGCCCGAGGCCUACCCCAGCUCCCCCAGGAAAGCGCUCCGCAGAAUUCGGCAGCGGAGCAACAGCGACAUCACCAUAAGUGAGCUUGACGCGGAUAGCUUUGAUGAAUGUAUCUCCCCCCCCUACAAGACAGGGCCAUCACUACACAGGGAAUACGGUAGCACAUCUUCAAUUGACAAGCAGGGAACAUCCGGAGAGAGCUUCUUUGAUUUGUUAAAGGGCUACAAAGAUGACAAAUCUGAUAGAGGUCCAACUCCAACCAAGCUCAGUGACUUCCUCAUCGCUGGUGGGACCAAGGGUUCCGGUUUCUCCUUGGAUGUUAUUGAUGGGCCCAUCUCCCAGAGGGAGAACCUCAGGCUUUUCAAGGAAAGGGAAAAACCACUCAAGAGACGUUCCAAGUCUGAAACUGGAGACUCCUCCAUUUUCCGUAAGUUACGCAAUGCCAAAGGUGAAGAGCUAGGGAAGUCUUCGGACCUGGAAGACAGCCGGUCAGAAGACUCGGUCAGGCCCUGGACAUGCCCAAAGUGCUUUGCCCACUACGAUGUCCAGAGCAUCUUGUUUGAUCUGAACGAGGCGAUCGUGAGCAGGCACAGCGUCAUCAGGAGGAGAAACACUACCACAGGCGCUUCGGCAGCGGCUGUGGCCUCCCUGGUGUCUGGACCUCUGCCUCACUCUGCCAGCUUCAGCUCCCCAAUGGGCAGCACAGAGGAACUGAAUUCCAAGGGAAGCCUCGGCAUGGACCAGGGAGACGAUAAAAGCAAUGAACUGGUAUUGAGUUGUCCGUAUUUUCGGAAUGAGAUUGGUGGAGAAGGGGAAAGGAAAAUCAGCCUGUCUAAGUCCAGCUCCGGCUCGUUCAGUGGGUGUGAAAGUGCCUCCUUCGAGUCUGCCCUCAGCUCUCACUGCACAAACGCGGGAGUGGCGGUCCUCGAAGUGCCCAGGGAGAACUUGGUGUUGCAUCUAGACAGAGUGAAAAGAUACAUUGUGGAGCACGUGGAUCUUGGCGCGUACUAUUAUAGGAAAUUCUUCUACCAGAAGGAACACUGGAACUAUUUUGGAGCUGACGAGAAUCUUGGUCCAGUAGCUGUGAGCAUUCGAAGGGAAAAACCAGAAGAAAUGAAGGAAAAUGGAUCUCCAUACAACUACAGAAUAAUUUUUAGAACUAGCGAGCUCAUGACCCUGCGAGGCUCUGUUCUGGAAGAUGCCAUUCCCUCCACGGCCAAGCACUCAACAGCCAGAGGGCUGCCUCUGAAAGAGGUGCUGGAGCACGUGAUCCCUGAGCUCAAUGUCCAGUGCCUGCGGCUGGCCUUCAACACGCCCAAAGUCACUGAGCAGCUCAUGAAACUGGACGAGCAGGGGCUAAACUACCAGCAGAAAGUCGGCAUCAUGUACUGCAAAGCUGGCCAGAGCACUGAAGAAGAGAUGUACAAUAACGAGUCAGCGGGUCCUGCCUUCGAGGAAUUCCUUCAGCUAUUGGGAGAGCGAGUUAGGCUAAAAGGAUUUGAGAAGUAUCGCGCACAGCUUGACACCAAAACUGACUCCACUGGAACCCACUCUCUGUACACAACCUACAAAGACUAUGAAAUUAUGUUCCACGUUUCCACCAUGCUGCCAUACACACCUAACAAUAAGCAACAGCUCUUACGGAAGCGACACAUUGGAAAUGACAUUGUGACAAUUGUUUUCCAAGAGCCUGGAGCACAGCCAUUUAGCCCGAAAAAUAUCAGAUCCCACUUCCAGCAUGUCUUCGUCAUCGUCAGGGCCCACAAGCCCUGCACCGACAGCGUCUGUUACAGUGUGGCUGUCACCAGGUCCAGAGAUGUGCCUUCCUUUGGACCUCCCAUCCCUAAAGGGGUCACUUUCCCCAAGUCAAAUGUGUUCAGGGACUUCCUUUUGGCCAAAGUGAUUAAUGCAGAAAAUGCUGCUCAUAAAUCAGAGAAGUUCCGCGCCAUGGCAACUCGGACCCGCCAGGAAUACCUGAAAGACCUGGCGGAGAAGAAUGUCACCAACACGCCCAUCGACUCUUCUGGCAAGUUCCCAUUCAUUUCUCUGGCUUCCAAGAAGAAGGAGAAGUCCAAGCCAUAUCCAGGAGCUGAGCUCAGCAGCAUGGGGGCCAUUGUAUGGGCAGUCCGUGCCAAGGACUACAACAAGGCUAUGGAGUUAGACUGCCUCCUGGGCAUCUCCAAUGAGGUCAUUGUGCUCAUCGAACAGGAAACGAAGAGUGUGGUUUUCAACUGCUCCUGCAGAGAUGUCAUAGGAUGGACCUCCAGUGACACUAGCCUCAAAAUAUUCUAUGAGCGAGGAGAGUGCGUUUCAGUGGAGAGUUUUAUUAGCAAUGAAGACAUCAAAGAAAUUGUCAAAAGGCUCCAGUUUGUUUCAAAAGGCUGUGAAUCAGUGGAAAUGACUCUGCGAAGAAACGGGCUGGGACAGCUUGGCUUCCAUGUCAACUAUGAGGGCAUCGUGGCCGACGUGGAGCCCUACGGCUAUGCGUGGCAAGCAGGGCUGAGGCAGGGCAGCCGCCUGGUGGAGAUCUGCAAGGUGGCAGUGGCCACCCUGAGCCACGAGCAGAUGAUUGAUCUCCUGAGAACAUCAGUCACAGUUAAAGUUGUCAUCAUCCCCCCCCAUGACGACUGCACCCCACGGAGGAGUUGCUCAGAAACGUACCGCAUGCCAGCGAUGGAGUAUAAGAUGAAUGAAGGUGUCUCGUAUGAGUUCAAGUUUCCCUUCCGAAAUAACAACAAGUGGCAGCGGAACGCCAGCAAGGGCGCUCAUUCCCCUCAAGUCCCAUCCCAGGUGCAGAGUCCCAUGACCUCACGGCUGAACGCUGGGAAAGGGGACGGCAAGAUGCCGCCUCCUGAAAGAGCUGCCAACAUUCCUCGGAGCAUCUCCAGUGAUGGGCGCCCACUGGAGAGGCGACUAUCUCCUGGUUCGGACAUCUAUGUGACCGUCUCCUCCAUGGCUUUAGCAAGGUCCCAGUGUCGUAACUCCCCUAGCAACCUGUCUUCCUCCAGCGAGACUGGCUCUGCAGGGGGCACCUACCGCCAAAAGUCCAUGCCCGAGGGGUUUGGAGUGAGCCGUAGAUCUCCAGCCUCCAUCGACAGGCAGAACACCCAGUCAGAUAUUGGUGGCAGCGGAAAAUCCACACCCAGCUGGCAAAGAAGUGAGGAUAGCCUUGUCGACCAGAUGGAGCCUACGUGCCAUCUCCCAGCAGUCUCAAAGGUACUGCCAGCUUUCCGAGAGAGCCCCAGUGGGAGACUGAUGCGGCAAGAUCCGGUGGUCCAUUUGUCUCCGAACAAGCAAGGGCAUUCUGACAGCCACUACUCGAGCCACUCCAGUAGCAACACCCUCUCUAGCAACGCAUCGAGCGCCCACAGUGACGAGAAGUGGCACGACGGGGACCGCACGGAAUCUGAGCUCAGCAGCUACAACUACCUGCAGGGCACCUCGGCCGACAGCGGCAUCGACGCCACCUCCUAUGGCCCCAGCCAUGGCAGCACGGCCUCCCUGGGGGCUGCCACCUCAUCGCCUCGCUCAGGGCCAGGCAAGGAGAAGGUGGCACCCCUGUGGCACAGCUCCAGUGAAGUGCUCUCCCUGGCAGAUCGGACUUUAGAGACUGAGGGCCACGGCCUGGACCGGAAAACCGAGUCCUCACUGAGCCUGGACAUCCACAGCAAGAGCCAGGGCGGCUCAAGCCCGCUGACCAGGGAGAACAGCACCUUCAGCAUAAAUGAUGCUGCUUCCCACACAAGUACCAUGAGCUCCCGACACUCUGCCAGCCCUGUGGUUUUCUCCAGUGCCAGAAGUUCCCCUAAAGAAGAGCUUCACCCCGCCACAUCCUCUCAGCUCGCACCUUCCUACUCCUCAUCUUCCUCCUCCUCCUCCGGCCCUAGAACUUUCUACCCCCGCCAGGGCGCUACCAGCAAGUACUUGAUUGGAUGGAAAAAACCUGAAGGAACCAUUAACUCCGUGGGAUUUAUGGACACAAGAAAGCGUCACCAGAGCGAUGGUAAUGAGAUAGCCCACACCCGGCUGCGCGCCUCCACAAGGGACCUUCGGGCAUCUCCCAAGCCAACCUCCAAGUCAACCAUUGAGGAAGAUCUGAAGAAACUCAUUGACCUUGACCUUGAAAGCCCAACUCCUGGAUCACAGAAGAAUUUUAAGUUCCACCCUCUGUCCUCCCCGCAGUCUCCUUUCCCCACCACACCUACCUCCCGGCGGGCCUUGCACAGGACACUGUCAGACGAGAGCAUUUACAGUGGCCAGAGGGAGCAUUUCUUCACCUCCAGGGCUUCUUUUCUGGACCAAGCUUUGCCCAACGACGUCCUCUUCAGCAGCACAUACCCGUCUCUCCCCAAGUCACUCCCGCUGCGGAGGCCGUCGUACACCUUGGGGAUGAAGUCCUUGCAUGGAGAGUUCUCAGCCUCGGACAGCUCACUCACCGACAUCCAGGAAACCCAAAGGCAGCCCAUGCCCGACCCUGGCCUGAUGCCCUUGCCCGACACUGCUGCAGAUUUGGACUGGUCCAACCUGGUAGAUGCAGCCAAAGCCUACGAGGUCCAGAGAGCCUCGUUUUUUGCUGCUAGUGAUGAAAACCAUCGCCCCCUGAGUGCUGCGUCGAACAGUGAUCAGCUGGAGGAGCAGACGCUGGUCCAGAUGAAGUCUUACAGCAGCAGUAAGGAUUCCUCGCCCACUCUGGCUUCUAAAGUGGACCAGUUGGAAGGUAUGCUGAAGAUGCUUCGGGAAGACUUGAAGAAGGAGAAGGAAGACAAGGCCCACCUGCAGGCGGAAGUUCAGCACUUGCGCGAGGACAACCUGCGGCUUCAAGAGGAGUCCCAGAACGCCUCAGACAAGCUGAAGAAGUUCACAGAGUGGGUCUUCAACACCAUAGACAUGAGCUAGGGGCAGCUGGGGGGACGCAGACGCCGUCUCUGGCGGGCACCCUCGAGCCCUUUCCCACCUCCAAAAGCACCCUUGGAGCAUCUUCCGCUUCCUCCUGUGCCCCUUUCGGUGAGGGCACAACACAACACAACAACACUUGCAGAUAACAAUCAGUGUCUGCUUUUUUGUAGAAAAGAAAAACAAAAAAUAAAAAUUUUAAAAAGUAAAAUAAAAGUUUAACCGCUAAAAUGUGAAUGUCUUUAUUUUUUUGCACAAUAUCUUUAUCUGUUAGGUAUUUAAAAAGAAAUGAGGCCCAGGACCAGGAUGCCCUGGGGCCCAUCUGCCUAUUUCCGUCAGCUUUCUGAUCUAUUUCAGGUAACCCAAGCACUCCCUGUUAUCCUGACAAAGUCAUUGUUGCUGGGAAAAGACUUUUCUUUAACUUGUUUAUUUGGGGAACUGGGGAAGGAAUAGGGGUGUUUCCUAACUUGCCUGGCAAGGGAGGCGCUUCAGGAAGAGGCCGCCUCCCGGGAAGGACGCACUCAUGCACUGGUGCUGGUGGCCUGAUCGCCCAGACACCAGCAGGUGGGCACCAUUUCACAACCCUGGCAUUCACAGGCCUGUUGGCCAGCCCCCCCCCCCCCCCCGAUCCUGCAUUGUGAUAGCCUCUCUUGUCCCUUUACCCAGGGAGGGGCCCUGGGUGUGCUCCUCAGAGCUAGGCCUCUUUGUUUAGCUUUAGUGAACGCCACAAAAUUGAAAUCAACCUCUGCAGUUCGCUGGCUCCAAACAUUAAUUGGUUUUCAAAUCCUUCCAAAAGAACACCUUACCUGUAUGCAUUUUGAAUGCAUUUUGGUGAAAAGUUUAUCUAGUUUUUGUUUGAUAUUCUUAAAGGUAUAGCAAAAAAAAUUUUUUUAAGCUUGUUCAAAAUGACUAUAUUAGUUGAUAACUCCUUCUCUCUAAAGCAAGACUUCACGAGUGUUUGUAUUUAGGAACAGAUAACAGUGAAUGUUAAACUGUGAACUUUAAUAUUUGCUUGCGUAGGAGCAAUGCCUGUAAUAGAAUGGGCUUCUGAAAUCUGCAUGCCCCUGUGUGGAAUUUAAGCACGGCAUUUUUUGCACCCUUUUGUGGCCAUCCGAAGGACCCUGCUGCAGGAUAAUUCUCGUGCUGGUUUUGCUGUAGAGACGCAGCUGCCCAGGCCCUGGCACACUCACUGCCAAGGGCGCAUAGGCCUAGGGCUGGCCAGAGCUGAAUGACCUAAGGAGACACCUUUUUUUUUUUUUUUUUUUUUUUUGCCUUCGUAAUUGUCACUAAACUGGCUCUGAGGGGACAUUCAGCACCCUAGUGGCAUGUGCUAGGAAGCUCCCUACCCUUAGUAACCUCAACUGUGUUCACCUCUUCACCCCAGAAACAGGAUGGAUCCAUAUUCCUAACCCCCCCCCACACAUACCAGAUUUUUAUGCUAUAGUUUCAUUCAUGAUUGUGAUUUCUCCAUGGGAUUUUUUUUUUCCUGUUACCAUUUCUAUCAUGGAAAUAGGAAGAUGUUGGAGUGCUUUGUAAAACUUUCAAUCGCCUGUCUCUUUCUCUUGAAUGUGUAUGAAGGAGAUUGUACAUUGCCUGAUACCUCUCUGUAACCGAGACACGCUGCUGCCAUCCAAGCAUUCCGAAGUCUCGCUUCCCCUUCGGAGUCUCCUUUUCAUUCUGUUUUCUGUUUUCUUUGGGGACUUGGGGCAAGCUAUUUAUUAGAGUUUUGCAACAGAGUUCUUGUUUGAAGCCUCUAAAGACCACUUGUAAGAUUCGAAUAAUAAAAUUCAUUUUAAACGCUCUUUUAAAA